UUCUGUUUCUCGUGUGCGGGACAAAAAAAAAAUAUGUAAUAGUUUUGUGGGAAAAAACACGUUUUUUGCCAUUUAUUUCGCAAAGUUUUUCAAUGAAAACAGUCGAAAUGGAGGUAAUAGACUGUGACACUUUAAAGGAAGAACCAACAACUGAUGUAAAUAAUGAUGUGCAAAAAGUUGAGAGGCUCAAGUCUUUGGAACUUUUGAAAAAGAAAAUGUGUCGUUCGCACGAUUUAAUUCAGUAUUACAAUGACAAGAAAAAAGAAUGUGAACAAUUGACAAUUUCAUUGCGAAAAGCUCGAGUCGAAGCAAAUGAAAUGAAAAACAAUUAUAACACGACUCUUUCUAAAUUAAUAAAACAGGAACUUCAAAAUACAGAACAGCGAAAAUCACUCGAAACUUAUAUGACAAGAAUUAGUGAAUUGGAGACAAAAAUUGCUGGCGAUCAAAGAUUUAUUCAACAAUUAAAUUGUAAAAUUGACAGUAUUCAAACGAAAAAUUCGGAAAAAAUAAUGGACGCCGAUUUGGAGAUAUUAAAAUUUAAGGAGAAAAUAAAAACUCUUGAAUUGGAAAUGAAGACAACGAAAAAAAGUCGAAUUACUAAUAAAAUUGUAAAAAAAGAUCAAAGUGUUAAUACGGAUAAAGUAACAAUCACUGAAAUUGAUACAAAUAUUAUUGUUGGGGAAAAAAUUUUACAAGAUAAGAAAAAUGUUAUUAAUACAGUUAAAAAAGGAACAAAACAAAAUUCAACUUUUCUCUGCAAAAAAUGUGAUAUUGCUCUUGAAAAUCUUGUAAAAACUUUUAAAGCACCCGAACCAAUUAUUCAACCAUUACAACCAGAAAAAAAUGAAUUUAAAUUCAAUUCGCCGAAACAUUCGAAACUAGAAGAGAAGAAAAUUGAAUUAAAUACUUCAUUAAGGGAGGAAAUAAAACACGAGGAAUCGGAAACAAUGAAAGUUCUGACAAAAACAUUAAAAACCCUCGAACGCGUUAUAAAAACUAAUAAAAAAACGGAGAAAAAAUCUAAAUGUUGCCACAAUUUAAAUUCCUGUUCAUCGAAUAAUGUGGAAAAUCAAAAUAUCAUGUUUGAAUUAUGGAAAAAAUUACUCGACAAAGAUAAGCCAACGGGAAAAAAAUUAAAACGCUGUCAAAAUAAACGAAAAUCAAUUUUAAAAAAGGAGAAGAAAAAAAAGAAGAAGAGAAAAAAUUCGACAAAUUGGUCAAUUGAAUCGACAAUUGAAAAUAAUUUCGAAACAAUUUCGUCAAACGAAACUUUAACGAAAACAAAUGAAAUUGAAAAUUUGAUUUCACUAUCAGCGAAAAAUACAAAAUCAAUUGAAAUGAAAAAUAUUUCAAAUUUAAAAACAAUUGAAAUAGAAAAUUUAAAACCAAUUGUAACUGAAAAAUUGAAAUCAAUUGAAACGCAAAAUUUAAAGCAAACGACACGAAAAUCGAAAAUUAAAAAUUUGAAAUCACUUGAUAGGGAAAAUGAUAUUUCGGAAAAUUUGCCAAAAAAUGAAAAUAUUUUAAAACGUAAAGAAUUUACUUUAGAGGAAAAUUUGGAAACUAUUAAAACUUCAACGCCAAGGAAAAAUAAUAAAUUUUCUACCAUGGAAAAUGAACAACCAAAAAAAAUUAUUUGUCAACGAUUAAUUGAGAAUAAUGAAAUUAUUGCUGAAAAUAGUGAAAAUAUUACAACUAUUGAGGAAAAUUUAAAAAAUAAAUUUCUAAUUCAUGGAGAAUUGGAAAUUACAACCGAAAAAAGUGACAAAGAAACUGAAUAUUUGAAGAAUAAUAAAUGCAAUGAAAUUGAAGAAAAUAAUUCUACAAAUUUGCCGAAAAAAAUUGUGAUUUCAUCUGAAAAUAAAAAAGAAAUUGUCGAAAUAAUAAAAAUUGAAAAUUCAGAAAAAUUGCCGCUAAAUGAAGAAGAAAUUGAUAUAAAUUCACAACAAAAUCAUCUUGAAAGUUCACAAGAGUCAAUAAAUUUCAAAGGAUUUCAAAAUUUAGAGGAAUUAGAAAAUUCGCAAAAUUUGGAAAAUAAAGAAUCUGAAGAAAAUUUGAAAAAUUCUCAAUUCGAGAAUAAAGAGGAAGAAAUUUUGGUGAAUGAAUUGAAAAAUGAAAUUUUAGAUAAACAAAUUGAAAAUAAGAUUCUAGUGAAAAAUAGUGAUGAGAAAAUAGUUGAAAAUUCGAAUAUUGAAAAUGAAAAAUUAAAUUCAAAAGAGAAAAUUGAAAAUUUUGAUAAAGAAUACAAAAAUGAGGAGAAAUUGGAAAAUUUGGACAAAGAAUGCAAAAAUGAGGAAAAAAUAGAAAAUUCAGGGAAAAAAGUAACAGAUGAGGAAAAUUUAUCCGAUGGUUUAUUGAAUGCCAUCGAUAUUUUAGGUGAAAUUUCAUUUUCCGAUGAAUCUGUUCUCGAUUGUAACGCUUCAUUUCUUUCGUUUUCCACUGAAAAACCACAAUUACUUCACAUAAGCGAAUUAGAAGAAAACGAAAUGGAAUCGAAGGAAAAUAAAUCAGAAUCGAAAAUUUAUUCGGAAUUUAGACAAAUGGAAAUGGAAAUGGAAAUUCAAAAUGAAUCUCAAUUUAUCGAGGAAUCGGAAUUAACCGAAGAAGAAGGAGAAAUAGAAGAAAAAGCCGAAGAAGAAGAAGAAAAAAAAGUAGAAGCAAAAGAAACAGUAUCGAAAAAAUUGCAAAACAAAGAAAAAAUGGAUGAGGCAAAUAUUUUUCUACCAAAUUCGGAAAUUGAAAAAAUUCCACGUAAUUCAAUUCACGGUCAUCGUUCAACGGAACUUCGUCUCACAUUAAUAAGUCCAAAGAGAUGUGGACGAAAAAGAAAAAUAGCCGACGUUUUAAAUAAUUCGAGAACAACGAGAACAAAUCUUUUGACAAAAAUGCGAACAAUGAAAAAACGUUCAAGUGAAAUGAUUGUCACUAAAAAAAUAUUGAGAAAAAAAGUCGAAAACAAAAAUGAAAUAAUUAUUAACAAAAAUGAAGCAAUUAUUAAUAAAAAUGUAAUAAAUCCCACAAAAUUAAAAGAAGAUGAUAAUAAUCCCGUUGUUGUUUCAAAAAAACGAAGAAUCGCUCAUACACCAAAAAUUGAGGACGAUCAUCAACCAAUAAGAAAAUCUUUACGCUCAGCAUCAAAAUCACCGGGUUCGGCGCGCAAUUCAUUAUCAACUAUCAAAAUGGAAAAUUCCACAAAUACAAGAAAUUUGAGAAAUUCGAUAAAAAUUGAAAACGAAUUAAAAAUUAAAAAAGAAGAGGAAGAAGAUGAUGAUGCACCUAUCGAAAUUCCAAUUGUGAGAAAAAGAGGACGUCCAAGAAAAGUGACAAAAAUUAUUGAAGAAAAUUUAACAAAUUUUCCAAUCAAGAAAGAAACGAUGAAAAAAAGUCCAUUAAAAAUUCAAUCAUCAAAUUCUCAAAAUGAAAAUUUAUCAAAUGAAAUUAAAAUUGAAUCUACAAUUAUUGACGAGGUAAAAAAAAAUAUUUCUCUAAAUGAAACUGAUGAUGAUGAUGAUUUGGAAUCGCCUUUAUCGCCUGAGGCAAAUAAUGAGGAAAAUAUUAAUAAUGAAUCGAUUCCAAUUAUUAUUCCAAGUGAAAAAAUGAUGGAUGUAAAUAAUAAAGCUUGGGAAAUUGCAAGAGAGGCUUUAAAUAAAAAUACAGGGGAAAUUUUGAGUCCUUGUCGAGAACUUCGAUCAUCGCGUGUUGUUGAUAAUAAAGUGACGAAAAUUUGGCGAGAUUUUAAAACUCUCAAUUUGCCUCAUCUAAAUCCAAUGAACGAUCAUAUGAAUAGUCCAUUUUUACGAAUGAUAUUAAGGGAUCAAAAAUCACAAAAGGAAUUAGAAAAAUGUAUAACAUUGCAAUUAAAUAGAUUAAUAAGCAAUAAAGACUGGACGAGUGAAUUACACUUUGAUGUAGUUGAAGAAAUUUGGAAAUUGCGUGAAAUUAAAACAACAGCCAAAUGUAUUUUAGAUUUUCUGAUAAGUAAAUUCAAUGAUAAUAGUGAUGAACGAUUGGAUACAACGCAUACACCACCGGCUCCAAUGAUGACGUUGACGCAACAAAAAAUAAUUACUUUAAUUUCAGCUUUAGAAAAAAAAUGCAAUGAACUUGAAAAUAUCAGUAUUUUUGAGUUUAUCUUUGACGGUAUUAAUUAUACACUCUUUAGACUUGGCUACGCUCCGGAGAAAUGUGUUGUCGAAGGAUUGACGCGUAUUUUCACGUGUAUGACACGAUUGAAAAAAGAUCGCGAAAGAGCAAGAUUAUUUAUAAUCGAUGCAAUUUAUUGUUUACGUUUUAAGGCGAGUGUUGCUAUUUUUGUUGUUCUCACCUGCUGGUCAGAAGUUUUUCCCAUCUACGAUUCAAAUUCAGAAAUUUUAUCCAAAUGCAUGGCAUUUAGUAUUUUUUCGUUUGAAAGAUGUUUAGACGCAUUAAAAAAACUUCUUUCAAACAAGGGACUUUAUAAUUAUCCACUUGCUGAAUUUUCCGCCGAGCAACUUGCCAUUGAAUGUUUAUCUGCAUUGGAAAAAAAACAUGAAUCAAGCAUCGAUACUGCAAUUAUUUUAUUAGCAAAAAGUAUGGGACCAAAAUGGGCGCAAAAAAUGAUCAUCCAAGGUGAAUCUGGUUUGAAACAAUUAAUUGUUGGAAAAAGACACAAAUCUCCCUACGAUGCAUUCACAUUACUUGGAACUGUAAUGCGAUCUUUUCCUGAACAAGAUCAAGAGGGACAUCUCAGUCAAAUUGUCGAACAAUUGUGCGAUUUAUUAGAUUCAAAUGAAGGUUCAAAUGAUCAUUUAGAAGGUGUUGCAUCGGCUUUAUUGUGUUUCUCAAAAUAUCGUAAAUUCUUUUGUAAAGUAUCAAAAUCACUUUUAAAUUGGACACCAAAACAAGAAUUACGCGAUGAAACAAAACAAAAAUUUCAAUAUUUCUGCAAUUCACAGAAAAAAAAUUGGUGGUUUGAUUUUAUAAAAAGUAAUUAUCAAUUGGAAUUACCUGAAAUUCAUAAAAAUUCACAAAAACAAAAUUCGAUAAAACAAAUAAAUGUACCAAAAAAAAUGACUAAAAGCAUGAAAAAAAGAACGAAAAAUAUUAUGAAAAAAAGGAAAAUUGCCGAGAAUAAUGUUCCAACAACUUCUCAGUAGAAAAAAAAAGAAAAAAAAAAGAAAUUGUGAUAUUAUGUUUAAUAAUUUUCAUUUCUAAGAUCUGUAUAUAUAUAUAUAUAUUUUAAAGUAUUUUUUUAUUCUUUUUUUUUCUUUUUUUUUUUUUGUUACAAACUAAAUUAAAAAUCUUAGAUUAGUAAUUAAAUUUCCAAACUAAAUUAUUUAAAAAAAGUCAGUUUUUAUUUGAAGUAAGUUUUUAAAUUAUAAAAUAAUAAUAAAAAAAAAAAAAUUUACGCAGUUUGCUGAUUUUUUUUAUACAGUCUCACAUAAAUCAGGUUUUUAAUUUUCUGCGCAGACAAAAUGCAAUGAAGAUACUUCCAAUCUGAAGCAAAAAAAAAAUGAUUACUUUUUUACAUUUUUAAAAAAUGUUUUUAAUUUUCUCGGCAAACAAAAAAAUAGUAUUAAUUAAAAUUGAAUUUUAAAAUUAAUUGUCCGAGGACUUCAAAGCAAUUGAAAAAAUAGAAUUGAUAAAUUUUUUCCUAAAAAUUAAUUACAUUUUUUAAAAAUGUAAUUUUAUGGUAUAUUUUUUCAUUAUGUAAAUAUAAUUUCCUGGAAAAAAAAAUGGUAAUUGCUCGUUUAAUGGAAGGGAAAAUAUUAAUUUUUUGUAAAAACAAAACCAAAAAAAAAACAAAAAAUGUAGAGAAUAAUUGUCAACUCACGAUCGUUAGGGAAAUAAACAAAGUCAUUAGGGAAACUUUGUUUAUGUGCGAUUUUAAUAAGAGAACUGCGCUUUUCAAACAUCCAGAUUGAUAAACUACCUCUUCUGUCAUUUUUAUACACUAGAAAUUAAAAAUAGAAAAAAAAAAUACCAAAAAUAAAAAAAAAAUAUACAAAACAAA